AUGAUCGCGCCCACACUCUCGGCCGGUGCCACUGUCGAGGCCCGGAUCGGCUCAGACAUGCUGAGAUGGCGGCCCUGGGCCUGCAGAGUCUCAGCCCCGUCGCAGUUCGUUCGCUAUGCUCAGACUGAAGCCAAAUCUAAGAGCAAGAAGCAAGCUGCAGUCAAGCCAAAACGCACGAACAAGAAAAAGCCACCGACGCCGCCUGAUGGCCUUCCUCCUCCCCUGAUUGAGAUAACCAAAGGCGUCUUCUACCGCACAUAUCCCUCUUCCUCCGAACCCAAUGCAAAGAUUCCUCCACUCUUCAAAAAGUUCGAUUUCUCGCUGUCCGCAAGAGUCGCUCCUCACUUCACCACGCCGCCGCUGCCGUCGCCGUCCCUAGAUAUGACCAUGAGGAAGAAGGUGCAAACAGCUCGGGCUAUUAGAAAAGCCCAAAAAGUAGUGGAAAAGGAAAAUGAAAUCCAGAAAUUCUACGGGCCAUUCCAUUGGGCCGUGAUGGGCACCGGAAGCACCGACUUUUUAGACAUCCUCCGUGGCCAAUACGUUGCUGUGCCCCCGAACUCACGCUCGUAUCCUUACUUGUCUUCCGACCAAUUCUCACCCUCCAACCCGAAGCUAAGACACCCCUCCAAUGCCAUUCAGUAUGUGGGCUUCAGAGGAGAAGGCUCCCAGGCCACUGGAGGAACAAGAGGUGCCUAUCUCAGCGCACGAUACGAGAGCCUGCGCGAGGAGACCGACUGGACUGUUCGCCAAUAUCUCUGUAACCAGAUGGAGCUGAACCCACUGGAGGGAGAGCAGGCCCAGUCCAAUCCCUACAGCCAGGAUCAUUGGGAUGCAAUCUUGCAGAGUUUCCAACUGUCCCAUCUCCUAGACAUGCCUACCGCCAAGCUGAGCAAUGGACAGACGAGGCGUACUCGCAUAGCCAAAGCCUUGUUAACGCAGCCGGAACUUCUUCUCCUGGACCAACCCUUCAUGGGACUCGAUCCUUUAACCAGCGAUAGCAUAUCGUCUCUGCUCCGCGAUGUCGCCUUGAAGUCUUCGCCCAGAGUGAUCAUUGCGCUUCGUGCUCAAGAUUCCAUACCAGAGUGGAUUUCUCACAUUGCCAUUGUGAACACAGACAGCGUUGCUUUUCAGGGAACAAAGGAAGAUUUCUUCAACAUAGUAGAUCUGAUUCAUAAAGGUCAUCUCCCAUUCAAGAAAGACGUAAUGACGCUGGGACCUGUCAUGCGGGAGGGAGGAGCAUUGCACGGCUAUCGCGAAAUUCUUGCCAAGGAUUACCCCGAACACUUUCAACCUGAUCAUUCUCAUUUUGAUGAGCCACAGACUAAUCGGAAACUUCCUAGACCAAAGUCCACGAUGCCAGCAUUAAUGGAUGGAGAGCCUCAAAUCGAGAUGAACGGGGUCCGUGUGCAAUACGGGGACAAGGUCGUUCUCGGUAAUUGGACGCAAACUGAAAGCAGUACACCAGGCCUGCACUGGAAGGUUCGUCGUGGCCAGCGAUGGGCGGUAUUGGGGGCCAACGGCUCUGGGAAGACAACUUUGCUCUCUCUAAUCACCUCUGAUCACCCACAAGCGUAUGCACUGCCCAUCCGCCUAUUUGGCCGAUCUCGUCUCCCCGAACCACCGAAACCGGGCAUCUCGAUAUUCGACCUCCAGGCCCGAAUUGGCCACUCUUCUCCGGAAAUACAGGCCUUCUUCCCUUCCCACCUGACCAUCCGUGAGGCCGUUGAAUCGGCGUGGGCCGAUACCUUUCUCUCGAAACCCAAACUCAAUUUCCAGAUAGACACCCUCAUCGACCGAGUUCUAGCGCACUUUAGACCUGAUUUGGCCAAACCUCGUCUGCUGAAGCCCGGAAAGGAGCACGAAAUAGACAUGUCCAUCAUUCCCGGCGGCUUUCUACAGAGAUUUGCAACCCCACCACCAGAGAGCGCCGAUAUAUCAAAAGGGUCGGCAACUACUGCUGAAUAUGAUACUACUUAUGAUAAUUUGAACCUCCCCAUUGGGUUCGACACAUAUGCUUACGCUGACGACAUGACCUUUGGCCAACUUGACGUUGCCCAGCAGCGCCUAGUCCUUUUCAUACGGGCCAUUAUCAAAAAGCAAGAAGUGAUUGUUUUGGACGAAGCAUUCUCCGCCAUGCCUCCAUCUAUGCGCCAAAAAUGCUUUGCCUUACUUGAAGGACCUCCAGCACAGACCGUUAAAGGAAAAAAGAGUGAACAGCUCCCGUACGUGGACGAGACCCAGUCUGUGGUUUUCGUCAGCCACCAACGCCAGGAAAUCCCAGACUCGGUCCGUUUCUGGAUGCGUCUUCCAUCGCAAGUCGGCGACGACCAGAAGCUCGAUUUCGCCAUGGGCGUGCUACCCGAUGGUGAGACGUUGGCAUCCAGCAAAGAAAUCUGGCAAAAUAUUUGGUCCAAGAAUUCUUUCCCGCCAUACGAACACAAAGAGGCAUCGUCUAAAGAAACACCCAACGAUGCCGAAUUGUACGGCUUCGUGCUUGCAAAAUCAGAACACUGA